UGUUUCCGGGACACGGAUCGGACCGACGAGUCGGCGAGUGAGACCGUAAACAAAGAGCAUAGUGUCCGAAAUCCGGCACCUUUCCAGCGCAGAGCCCACAAGAGCCGCCGCAGCCAUGGAUACCGGACUGAGCCAGGACAAGAUCGCCUCCUUCACCAAGCGUCUUCGAGCAGAGCCCCGCUACCUGCUGGCUCAGAAUGUAUCCACCUGUAUCGACCCGCUGGAGGUGUGCCUGCACCGGCAGACGGUUCAGGACACUGUGCACGUGUUCCAGCACUCCAUCCCCACGGAAGGCAAACCUGUCACCAACCAGAAGAGUUCAGGGAGAUGUUGGAUCUUCUCCUGUCUCAAUGUGAUGCGUUUGCCUUUUAUGAAGAAGUUCAACAUUGAGGAGUUUGAGUUCAGUCAGUCAUACCUCUUCUUCUGGGACAAGGUGGAACGCUGCUACUACUUUCUGCAUGCAUGCGUCGAGACUGCCCUCCGUAAUGAGCCCGUGGAUGGGCGUCUUGUCCAGUUCCUGCUGUCCAACCCCACCAAUGAUGGAGGCCAGUGGGACAUGUUGGUCAACCUCAUCGAAAAAUACGGAGUUGUGCCAAAGAAGUGCUUCCCAGAGUCUCACAGCUCUGAGGCAUCUCGCAGGAUGAAUGAUAUUCUCAAUCACAAGCUAAGGGAGUACUGUUUGCGGUUGAGGAACAUGGUGAGCAGCAACUACAGCAAAGCAGAGUUGUCUGAUGCCAUGGACACCAUGAUCGAGGAGGUGUUUCGUGUCGCCAGUGUAUGUCUGGGCACCCCCCCAGAGACUAUCUGUUGGGAGUACCGGGACAAGGACAAGAACUUCCACCGCAUGGGUCCGCUGACACCGCAGGAGUUCUAUGUUCAGCAUGUCAAGCCCCUCUACAACGUACAGGACAAGGUGUGCCUUGUGAAUGACCCGCGACCCCAGAACCCUUAUGCGAAGUUAUACACUGUGGAGUAUUUGGGCAACAUGGUGGGUGGGAGAAGGACCCUGUACAACAACCAGCCCAUCCAUCUUCUCAAGCAAGCUGCUGCAGCAUCCAUCAAGGAAGGGGAGGCGGUGUGGUUUGGCUGCGACGUGGGGAAGCACUUCCAUGGCAAGCUGGGCAUAAAUGACAUGAAUGUGUUCAACCACGAGCUGGUGUUCGGCAUCUCUGUCAAGAACCUGACUAAGGCAGAGAGGCUGAUCUAUGGGGACUCCCUCAUGACCCAUGCUAUGAUUCUCACUGCUGUCACUGACAAGGAGGAGGAGGGAGAGUAUGAGAAGUGGCGUGUGGAGAACUCCUGGGGCGAUGACCGCGGGAACAAAGGUUACCUGAUCAUGACGGACGAGUGGUUCUCGGAGUACGUGUAUGAAAUUGUGGUGGACAAGCGCUUUGUGCCUCAAGAGGUCCUGGAUGUGGUGAAGCAAGAGCCCAUUGUGUUGCCCGCCUGGGAUCCGAUGGGAGCUCUCGCAUAACUGCAGACAGCCAAAGGGACCUGACCCUCUCUAUCGCCGCUCAUAGCCCUGGUCUGUGUGACUCCACUCCAUUGCGCCCUCCGACCCGUCCAAAGACUUCAAGCAGCGGACUGUUCUAGACAAAGGAUUUUUUUUCUUCUAAAUUGGAACUCCACAGCUUUUUCCCAUUCUCCCAUUGAAUUACUUUUUGCAUUUCUCUCCCUUUCCUCAGUUAUGUAACUCAUUCAUUAUUUUUAUUUUUUUUUUUUUAAUGUUUGAUUCAUAAAUCUUACAGGCUCCAUUUGAUACCCCUCUCUGAGCUCUCUAUUUCCCACCCCUGUUGCCUGGCACUGCCUGUCCAUCUGGGCACGCAGCUGGUACCCUGCCUCUUCUUCGCAUCGCCCCCUUGUGGCAAAACAAGCUGGCAACAUCACCAGCUGCCACUGGUCCCAACCACCAUACACACUGUUCCAGGGAAUCACAGAAUUCAGAGUGACCUGUUUCUUAGCAUUCGACUUUUUACUUUUGUCUUCCUCGAUAUAAAACAACAGGAUUAUUUUGUAUGCAGUACGUUACAUAUGUUAUACUGGGAAUGCUGUGAUACUGCCCCUGGGUACCAUGAUGGAAUAUGCACCAAUCUGUCCAUGUUCUGUUGGACAUUACCCUGGAUAGGAGAGUCAGACAAAAAUAAUGGUAGUAACAAAUAGAGAAGUGGUAUUCUGUAGGAGGUUCAUCGUUAGAUUUCUGAAUGCAUCUUUUAUCGAAGUGGUGAUGGCAGAACUUCUGUACAGUGGGUUUACAACUUCCACCUCCUGCAGUGUGUGUAUCAUAAGGACUCCUGAUAGAACAUAUUGACGGGGUGGCAGACCUGGAGGCGCGACUGCAUUGGACGCAUAGAGACAGAGCAACUAGAGUGGCUCUGUGUGUUAAAAGCCAGAGGAAAAUGUAUGCCAGAGCGCUCCCUACAACAUUAUUUACAUACAUAUGAAUUUUCUUUUUUUUUUUAGUGAAAUGGUGUGUAGUUUUUCUUUUUUAGAAAAAAUCUGAACAUGACUGACAAUGGGAAAGUUCUGAGAGUUUUUGUCUAUGUCAAAUUCCCUUCCUCCUGAUAGGUCUCCUAUUACAGUUUGUGAAAAGAGAGAAAUAAGAAGAAUCAGAUAAAACUCUUUUG